AUGACCUGCGCCGCGUGCGUUACAGCGGUUACCACCGCCGUCCAAUCCGCGAAAGGCGUGCGACGCGUCUCCGUCGCACUCGCCACCGAAACCGCGGAGAUCGCGUUCGAUUCCGCGAUUCUCGGCGUGAGAGACGCGUUGCGAUUGGUGGAAGAUGCCGGGUUCGACGCCGCGAUUCUCGGCACGGAUAGCGGGAGCGACAGGCUGAGCGUGACUGUAACGGGGAUGAGCGGCAGGGAUGACGUGGCAGCUGCGGUCGAAGUAGCGGUGUUAUCGGUGGCGGGAGUUAGGGAGCUCCUCCUCGCGACGCCCGUGCAGUUCCAUCUGGGCCGUCGAUUCUACAUCGCAGGGUUCAGAUCGCUCCGCCACGGCAGCGCGAAUAUGGACGUGCUGGUCGCCCUCGGGACCUCGGCGGCCUAUGGCUACUCUCUGCUGACCCUCGCGGUGCAGAUCGGUUCGGGGCGGUACUUAGGGCACGAUUUCUUCGAAACGUCUGUGAUGCUGAUAGUGUUUAUUCUGGGGGGAAAGUAUUUAGAAGCCGUGGCGAAGGGGAAAACGUCCGAGGCGAUUCAGAAGCUGCUGCAGCUGGCGCCCGCGACGGCCGUCUUGGUGGACGUGAAUGCAGACGGCAAGGUGGUGGCAGAGAGGGAGGUUGAUUCACGGCUACUGCAGAGAGGGGAUGUGCUGCGAGUGCUGCCGGGAGCGAGGGUGCCCACAGACGGUGUGAUUGUAACGGGCACCACGCAUGUGAACGAGGCCAUGCUCACGGGCGAGGCAGCACCCGUGGCAAAGGGGGCGGGGUCGCGCCUUCUGGGCGGCACAGUCAACCUGUCAGCACGAGUGUUACUGCGAGCCACUCAGGUGGGCAGCGAGACGGCUCUGGCGCAGAUAGUAGCGCUGGUGGAGUCAGCGCAGCUCAGCAAGGCGCCCAUCCAGAAAUUCGCCGACCGCGUGGCAGCGGUGUUUGUGCCCGUGGUGGUGGUGCUGUCAGCAUGCACAUGGUUCUGCUGGUUCAUGGCUGGGAGCAUGGGGUGCAUUUCAUCCGCCAUGCUUCCCCCGGGGGUAGACUCGCAGUUCACCCUCCCGCUCCUCUUCGCUAUCGCCGUACUCGUUAUAGCGUGCCCCUGCGCGCUCGGAUUAGCCACCCCCACGGCAGUCAUGGUCGCAACGGGCGUGGGGGCGGCGCAGGGCGUGCUUAUAAAGGGGGGAGAGGCGCUAGAAGCAGCACAUAAAGUCACAUGCGUUGCUUUUGAUAAGACGGGAACGCUGACAGUGGGGAAACCGAGUGUGGUAGCAGUGGUGCCUUAUGUUGGUGGUUUCGGGUGUGCUACUAGCGAGGGGCACUGUGCUACUAACGAGGGGUGUGAUAAUGAGGCCAUAUCUCAAGCCGAGCUGCUAUCCCUAGCAGCGGCAGCAGAGGCAAAUUCCGAACACCCGCUCGGGCGGGCGAUUUUGGACUAUGCGCAGCACUAUUUCGUCUUUUCCGGGGAAGGUUUUACUGGGGACGAGACUACCACUCCUUUCUCCUCCUCCCCCUCCUCCACCUGCUCCUCUCUCUCCCCUUCUGCUGCGUCGUCUCUCAAACCUUCCAAGGAUGUGAGCUGGAUGAAAGAAGCCACAGAGUGUGAGGUGCUAGCAGGGAUGGGAAUCCGAUGCAGGGUGGAUAGUCAGGUGGUUCUGGUGGGUAGCCGGCACCUGAUGGAACACCUGGGCGUUCAGGUGCCUGCUCAGGUGGAUCUUCUGUUGCAGGCGCAGGAGGAGGAGGCGCGGACAGGUGUCAUCGUGGCAGUGGGCGGCAGGCAGGGAGGGGGCGAGGCGGAGGGGAGUGGGAGGGAGGAGGGGAGAGGAGUGAGGGAGGAGAGAGUGAGGGUGGUGGGGAGCGUGGUGAUUAGUGAUCCGGUGAGGAGGGAGGCUGCAGUGGUGGUGGAGGGGCUGAGGCGCAUGGGUGUGCGCGCUGUGAUGAUGACAGGGGACAACCGCCGCACUGCCCAUGCCGUGGCGAGACAGCUGGGCAUCCACGAAGUGAUAGCAGAGGUGCUGCCGGCCCACAAAGCAGCCGCCAUUCGCUCGCUGCAGAUGGCGCCUCCCCCACUCGACCCUGCGCCCGGCAGCAACAGAAGCUGCUGCGGGUGCGGGUGUUGGUGCUGGUUGAUGUCUCGUGUGGGGCAUGUCCUUGGCUGGGGCGAUUCUGCCUGCUGCUCCACAUGUGCCGCUGCUGCCUCCUCUGCUGCUGCCGCUGUGGGUUUGAGUGGGAGUGAGAGCAAGACAGUGGUGGCGAUGGUGGGGGAUGGGAUAAAUGAUGCGCCGGCCCUGGCUGCAGCUGAUGUUGGUAUUGCAAUUGGUGCCGGCACGGACGUCGCUAUUGAGGCGGCAGAUUUUGUCCUCAUGCGGUCGAAUCUGGAGGAUGUGAUUACAGCGCUGGAUCUGGCGAGGAAGACUUUUUCGCGGAUCAGAUGGAAUUAUGUUUUCGCGAUGGGGUAUAAUGUUUUGCUGAUUCCGUUGGCGGCCGGGGUGCUGUAUCCGGUGUUUAUGGUGCGGCUGCCGCCCUGGCUGGCCGGCGCAAUGAUGGCGCUUUCGUCUGUUAGCGUGGUGUGCUCGUCUCUUAUGCUGCGGAUGUACCGCCGCCCGAAGCUGCCCGAGCUGCUGUUUGGGAAGAUGAAGAAAGGGGGGAGUGGUGUGUUGAGACAAUAA